ACCAAAGUUAGGUUAUAAAUCUUAUUUACAAAAAAACUAUAAUUAUUUUUGAGUUCCGAUUUGUUUAUCAGAAUUUUGAUUGAGUGAGUGCUUAUAUACGCAGAAUGCCUCAAGUAGAGGAACGCACAGUGCUCCCGCAGAAAUUCGGUGGGGGUCCCAAAGGUCUAGGAGACCCAGAUGACCUAUCGCUCCGUAAAGUUGAGCUGGAUGUUAUGAUUCCCAAAAAAAUGAGAGAGUUAGCUAGGGAGCAAAAGUGUUUUAAAGAAGUGGAAGACUUCACAAACUGCUGUCAAGCCAAUAAUUUAUUAAUGGUAGUCAAAUGUAGAAAAGAAAAUAGUGAACUUAAAAAUUGUCUUACUAAAUGGUAUAAUGAUGAGGGCUUUAAGGAACACUGCAAAAAUUUAUAUUUGCAAGAAAGAAGCCAAUAUAGACGUACUGGGAUACCUACAAAAACUAGGCUGGGAGGUACAACUAGAAUACCAUCAACAAUGUGAACAGAGUUUUUUGGGAUGUGCUAUAAUAAAUUGAACACUAAUUUCUCAAUUAUUUGUUGCAAAUAAGGCACAUCUGAUAUUAGUUUACAGUAGAUUUUAUGUUAUGUACAAAAUGUUGUUAAAUUAUUACAUAUGAAGUAAAACAGUUAUUUUAAAUCAUU